AUGGCUCUUGCGGGCAGCGAGACGCGGCGACAGUGCGGCCGACACUGCGGCGCAGAUAUGCUGUGCUCUGCGCGCUGCUCUUGCUUUCUCUGCCGUGAACUCCAGUCCUGCCGCGCCGCCGACGCGAGGAAGCCGCCGGCGAAGCACAACAUGACAGAUAAUUUUAUACUGAAGAAAGCCGAGGCCUGGGAACCCAUCAAAUUCAUCCGCGGCGCCGCCAGGCUCUCAGUAAGGCACUGGCAGAACAGGGAGCCCCAGGCGCACCCAAAGACGAGGAUCGCGACCCACAAGUCGACGAGUUGCGAACAGUUGUAUCCGCAGAAGGAGGAGGAGCCGGGACACCACCUGAUGAGGAGAGCCCCGAGCUCGGACAGGAUCAAAACGCACAUGGAGCACAAACCGCUCUUCAAGCUGUUGGGGAACUCUCGCUCGAAAAAGGUGAUCACGAACGAUCCAUCAGAUUCGAAAGUGCGUAGGAGCGUUCUCAACUUUAGAAAGUGCGAGAACUCGCCUUCUAAAAAUAUUCACGAGAAAUAUAUUCCUUUGCCGCAGGUCUCUCACAAGGAGCAUGUUAAUAAUGAACCGAAGCCUUGGACGGCGCAGUUCGACGACUGCUGUCGACCACCGGUGUAUCAAAGUGUGGAGAAGAAGAAAGACGAGGGCAAAGGCUCAGUGGCGGAGAAAAAGAUUUACAGCAACAGACCACCCUGCUACGAAGAGCUAGCUGAACGGCUGUCACAGGACAAAAUUCGAAAAGAGAAACAUCCUAAUUCCAAUGGAGAGAUGGCAAAUAAAAUCACUCAAAACAAUAAUAAAGUUGUUAUAUACUUCGGUGAUUCGAUAAUUCGUAAGCAUAGCGAGCAGAAGAGGGAAGAGAGAGAAUCCAAACAAAAAGAAGAAGCUAUUUACGUCAACCGCUUAGUAGAGGAGACUGAAAACUUAGAUGUAAGUAAGGUGGAAGAUAAAGGUGGUACAACACAGUUAAUAUCAGAGGUCGAAGUUCCCGAAGCUAUUUAUGCUGAAAUUAAGCCCGAAGCUGCUUUGGAGGUCCAAGAAAUAGCAGCCAUAAACGACGCUACUUACAAGAAGGAUGUAUUUGAGACUUUAAGUCCUGACGGCUUUUUGGUUGUGGAGUUUGAGGGAAAUUUCGAGCGAGCUCGCCAAUUGGUGGAGCUUGUCCAUGGAGUCGCUGGUGACCGGCAAGAUGCCACCAUACUGGACGACGAGGACCAUUGCGAUUGGAGCUUCAUCCAAGACUGGAGGAAACGGCCCUCAAGCGGUUGCCGACCUUCAGAGGAAGUGGCUUGGAGCGGAGGGGUACCAGGAGUUUCUGGAAACGUUGGCGGAAUCGGGGCCGUUGGCGGGGCCGGUGGUACUGCGGGUGGCGGUACCGGGGGCGUUGGUGCUGCGGGGGGCGUUGGCGCUCCUGCGGGCGUCAGCGCUGCGGGGGGCGCUCGUGCAUUGCGAGUCCGCGUUUCAGGGGGCGCAGCACCCGCUCACGCUAGACGCUUGUCCCCCCCACCGCCAGCGCAUCGCGCUACAACCCCUCCACCUCCUGCAGACCCACCAAAUAAACCUAAUCACGAAGAGGCGACGCCACCAGCCACGGACUCGCCGAGCACGGCCCAGCUGAAGCCCGUGGCAGCCGUCUCCCAGAUAACGGUGGCAAGUGCACCAGUGCGCAGUGCCCCGGCGCAGAGCAGUUAUGCCCUGGAGAGGAGGGCCCCCAAGCAUGAUCACCACCAUCGCUCCAUGGAGACGGUACAACCCGUGCAAAAUGGGGUGCGCGAGUGCAACAGCAGCUCGGACGAGAACCGGUCCUCGGGCCACGCGUCCAUGUCGGACAGCGGGGGCGCCGACGCGGGCCGCGACGAGCCGCGCCGCCCCAGGCAGCCGCCGCACGCGCGCGCCAAGCACCGGCCCCACAACAAGCUGCAAUCCCCUUGGCCGGGUGGCGGUGGCCUGGAAGACAUCAGGUCAGCCAUCAAGCAGCUGACCCUGCGCUCUAGAGACAGCAGUAGUACAGCCACCAGCGGCGCUUCCAGUGGUGGUGGAGCCAGCAACGCCGGUGCGCCAGAUGGUGGCAGUGCAGCCGAGGCGCGCAGAAGACGCGCCCCCUUGGUACGCCAACCCUCGCUGGACACCGUUUGCACCAACGUCACCAGCGCCGACGAAUUCGUAUGGGUGGACUCGCAUAACAGACUUGUGGAGUUGCGAUGCGUGCCGUGGACGGCGAGCGAAGUGAGUCGCGCGCUACAGAACGGAAGAUGUAGGGAGGUCGCGGCCAAGAUGGCGCCCGACACCCCGCCGAGGCUGGCUUAUUUAUUGCAACGGGCGCUCGUGCGCGUCGCACGGGAGGCGCAACGUCUGUCGCAGAACUUCGGCUUUUGCUCGAAGCACGAGGUGGCUGGCGCGUUCCGGAUCGUGCUCAGCACGCCGCUAGCGGAUUCGUGCAUCAAAGGCUGCCAGCGAGCCGCCACGAUGUACGCGACGUCCGGCAGCGCGGCGCGGCGGCUGGGCUCGGCGGCCAGGGCGCGCACCAGCCUCGCGCCGGGCCGCUUCCAGCGCUGGAUGCUGGACGUGCGCGUCGCGCCCUUCGUCCACGAGUUAGUGCCUCCCUCUUUCUCUAGCCUCGCGCCGGGCCGCUUCCAGCGCUGGAUGCUGGACGUGCGCGUCGCGCCCUUCGUCCACGAGUUAGUGCCUCCCUCUUUCUCUAGCCUCGCGCCGGGCCGCUUCCAGCGCUGGAUGCUGGACGUGCGCGUCGCGCCCUUCGUCCACGACAUCGCGCCGGGCCGCUUCCAGCGCUGGAUGCUGGACGUGCGCGUCGCGCCCUUCGUCCACGAGUUAGUGCCUCCCUCUUUCUCUAGCCUCGCGCCGGGCCGCUUCCAGCGCUGGAUGCUGGACGUGCGCGUUGCGCCCUUCGUCCACGAGUUAGUGCCUCCCUCUUUCUCUAGCCUCGCGCCGGGCCGCUUCCAGCGCUGGAUGCUGGACCGCUGGAUGCUGGACGUGCGCGUCGCGCCCUUCGUCCACGAGUUAGUGCCUCCCUCUUUCUCUAGCAUCGCGCCGGGCCGCUUCCAGCGCUGGAUGCUGGACGUGCGCGUUGCGCCCUUCGUCCACGAGUACGCAGCGAUCUAUCUCUGCGCCGGCAUGGAGUGCCUCCUCGAGGAGAUAGCGCUGAUCGCCGGCAGCGGCUCGACCGGCGCGCCCAUCACGCCGGCCGCCCUCGACCACGCCGUCGCCAACUGCGCAGACCUCUGGGGCCUGCUGCAGCCCUACAGCCACCUCAACGCGGGGAGAGUUGCUUCGGGGGCUUUGUCUUUGUCUCGGUGGGAGUCAAUGAGUUCGCUUGGUUCCGGUUCAUCAACAGGCGUUUCCAGGCCCGAGAACAGACAGCUUGGACUCAGUCAUGACUCAGGAAUAACAACAAACGGUUCCGGGGGUUCAGGUACGUCGGGGGCGUCGGGAGCUUCGGGGGCGUCGGGGGCUUCAGGGGCGUCGGGGGCGUCGGGGGCGUCGGUGCUGCUGACCACGUGCGCCGGCUCCGCUGCCGAGCUGAGGGCGGUGCUGCGCCGCGUCCAACCCGCCCUGCCCCCCCUCUCGCCGGCGGCUGAGCGCGCGCUCUACUACUACAUGCGGUGCUCGCAGCUGGAGCACUCGAGCGGGUCGGCGGGCGCGUGCGCGGCGUGGGGCGCGGCGCUGUGGGGCGAGCGCGGCGCGGGCGCGCUGCCGCCGCUGGGCGAGUGGGUGCGCGCGGCGCGGGCGCACGCGGGCCUGCGCGCGCCGCCCGCCGCGCCCGACGCCGACGACGUGCGCCAGGCGGCGCGGCUGCUGCUGCCGCACGCCGACUGCCCGCCGAGGCCCGUCGGGGCCGAAGAGGAAAUCGAACCUGCCUGGUCCAGGUGCUCCAGGAAUCCUGAAGAGUUGAGUCGCGCGGCGUUAUCAUUAGCUCAUCGCGCUCUGCUCACCGGGAGACCAGAACUGAUAGGAGGUGCUCGAGCGCUGCUGCCGUCGCAGGGCCUCGACGCCCCCGACAGCUCUGGGCUCACGGUACUGAUGAAGGCGGCCCUGGCGGGCGAUGAACAAGUUGUGGCGAUGCUGCUAGAGGCCGGCGCGGAUCCGAACGUGGAGACGGUGGGCGCGGCCACUCAGCACUCGGCGCUGCUCUCCCCGCGCCCCCCCGCACACGGGCCCCACCCGCCCGCGCACCCCGCCACCGGGUACACCCCGCCCACCGCCGGGUGGACGGCGCUGGUGUACGCGUGCGGGCGCGCGGGCGGCGGCGCGGUGGAGGUGGCGCGCAGGCUGCUGGCGGCCGGCGCCAGGGUGGACGCCGCGCCGGCCAGGGGAGACGACGUCUGCACCCUCACGCCGCUGCAGAUAGCAUGUGGCGUCGGUAACCUAGAACUAGUGCAACUGUUGCUAUCCCACGGCGCCGACCCCUUCCUGUCAACUCAGCUCAAUGAUGCCUUAUGUUAUUCCGCUGCUGCUCAGUACGGAUGCUAUAGCGCCGUGGCGGUGUGCUGCUCGCACGGGCGGCGCGCGUGCCUGCGCGCGGCGGUGCGCGGGGGCGCGCGGGGCGCGGGGGCGGUGCUCUCCCUCGAGGAGGUGCUGGCCGAGGGCUCGCCCCAGGCCGCCGGCCGCGCGCCGCCCUUCACCAAGCAGCAGCAGCGCGCCCUCCAGGACGCCAUGUACUACGCGGCGGAGAGCGAACACCUGGACAUCACGCUAGAGCUGCGCGCCCUCGGGGUGCCGUGGUCUCUGCACGCAUGGACCCUCUCGCUGGCGGCUGCCGCGGAGGCCUCCCUGGACCACGUCAUAGACCAGCUCCUGCAAGACUUCUUACAGGUGUGUCCAUCUGACGACAGCCACUACAGCAAGCAGUUCAUCUAUGAAUGCCUUCCUCUGCUGUUUAAUAUCCUUCGGUACAGCAAAAAGGAGGGCACCGUGCUGCUGCUGGCGGACAUCCUGUGCGCGUGCUACGGCUGGGAGCCGGUGCCGCGCGUGCAGGAGCCGCCGCCCGCCGCGCCCGCGCCCGCCCGCGUCGACCCCUCCUACGUCAACAACCCCUCGCUCGCCGACGUCACCUUCCGCGUGGAAGGGCGGCUGUUCUACGGGCACAAGAUCGUGCUGGUGUCGGAGUCGCCGCGGCUGCGCGCGAUGCUCGCCCCGCCCAGGGCCUCGGAGCUGCCCCCGGGCGCCCCUCCCCUGGUGCAGAUCAACGACAUACGCUACCACAUCUUCGAGCAAGUGAUGAAGUACCUGUACUGCGGCGGGUGCGCGGGGCUGCAGAUCCCGGAGGGCGACGUGCUGGAGGUGCUGGCCGCCGCCUCCUUCUUCCAGCUGCUGCCGCUGCAGCGCCACUGCGAGGCGCGCGCCGCCAGCUCCGUGGACCUGCACAACCUCGUCUCCGUCUACAUACACGCCAAGGUUUAUGGUGCUACACAGCUGUUAGAGUAUUGCCAGGGUUUCCUUCUCCAGAACAUGGUGGCAUUGCUCACGUACGACGACUCUGUCAAAAGAUUACUCUUUGGGAAACGAUUACCUGGCCAUAACGUAUUAGGCGCACUAUUGACCACUCUGCAGAAAAGAAUCGAAUCUAGAAAGGGACAGUCGAAGAGUAGUGCCAGUAUAUUGGACGCAUGGCUCCAACCUUGGUGGUGCUGGCUAGUUUCUAAAACGCCGCUAUGGCUCGCACCGAAUCUCAUUACAAUUUUAGGUCUAAUAGUUAAUAUAGUCACAACCUUAAUAUUAGUUUGGUACAGCCCUGAUGCGAGGCAGGAUCCGCCGCGGUGGGCUUGUGCUCUUUGUGCUCUUGGAGUCUUCGUUUAUCAGAGCUUGGAUGCCAUCGACGGCAAGCAGGCGCGUCGCACUGGGAGUCAGUCGCCACUCGGCGAACUCUUCGACCAUGGCUGCGAUAGCAUAUCUACAGUGUUCAUAGCGCUUGGGGCCUGCAUAGCUGUUAAAUUGGGAGAGUAUCCCACCUGGAUGUUUUUCCAGUGUUUCUGCGCGAUGACGCUGUUCUACUGCGCCCAUUGGCAGGCCUACGUGACCGGCACUCUGAAGAUGGGCCGCAUCGACGUCACCGAGGCCCAGUACUGCAUCAUGGCCAUCCACCUGGUCUCAGCAACCCUCGGCCCCGACUUCUGGGCCACGCAGGUCGGCGGAGCUGAGGUGCGGUACUCGCUGGCCGGCGCCGCUGUAGGGGGCACGGCCCUGACGGUGGGCUCUCUCGCUGCCACCAUUGUAGCUGGCGGCGUCGGCAAGAAUGGCUCCACGGUCGCAGUGAGCGCGCCACUA